GGUUGCGCUUGGUGACGGGGGACGCGCGGCCGCAGCGCACUGGACCAGCGGCGGAGACCCAGGACUUGGAGCGCUGACUGCGGCGGCAACGGCGGCCGGGAGCCGCCGGGAGCUGGGGCGCAGCGUGCGGUCGGUGAUGAGGGGCUGUGGCGGCGCGCCGGGCGCAGCAGGGCCGGCUGGGGGCCCUUCACGGACCUGGAGAGCUUGUGUGGCUUAGGAAGGUGGCCUUCUUGUGUGGCUUCUUCCGGUCUGAUGCUGGAGGAGGAGGCAACCUGAUGGUCCUCUGACAACUGUUCACCUCAGCACUAAGGAAGCAGAUGGCAAUGUCACAGACACAGGAUUAUGAAUGCAGAAGCCACCAUGUCGACGAGCAGGAGCCCAGGAUUCCAGGGUCGAGCACCAGGUUGGAGUGGGUGGAGAUCAUCGAACCACGCACUCGAGAACGAAUGUAUGCCAACCUGGUCACCGGGGAGUGUGUGUGGGACCCACCAGCCGGAGUGCGCAUCAAGCGCACCAGCGAGGACCAGUGGUGGGAGCUCUUUGAUCCCAAUACGUCACGCUUCUAUUACUACAGCGCUGCCUCGCAGCGCACGGUGUGGCAUCGCCCACAGAACUGCGACAUCAUCCCUCUGGCUAAACUGCAGACGCUGAAGCAGAACACCGAGUCUCCGCGGGCCUCUGCAGACAGCAGCCCGGGAAGGGGCAGCCGCGAUGGUAGCACCGGCUCCUCGCUGGAGCCAGAGCCCGAGGAAAGGGCACAGGAGCUGCCAGUUCGCGGCGGGCGAGCGACAACCUUGGUCACUUCGAAGGAAGAGAGUAGCAGCUUUUCAAGACUGACACCUGGACUGGGUGUGGUGGUGCACACAUUUAAUUCCAGCACUUGGGAUGCAGAGGCAAAAGCUGCUCAUUGUUCACCGCCGGGUGUGCUCCUGGAGAAGGACUAUGAAGUUUACCGGGACUACAGUGCUGACGGCCAGCUCCUUCACUACAGGACCUCCUCACUGCGAUGGAACUCUGGUAACAAGGAACGCAUGCUCAUCAAGGUUGCUGACCGUGAACCCAGCUUCCUCACUCCCCAAGGCAAUGGCUAUCCCUCAGAGAGCCAGCUGGGGGCGCAUCACCGCAGACCCUCUGGCAGCCAACACUCCCCCAGCCUGCAGACCUUUGUCCCUGACACUGAUGGCACUGUCUUCUUUCCGGAGAGGCGGCCCUCACCCUUUCUAAGGAGGGCUGAGCUCUCGGGAAACUGUUCACCAUUGUUGAUGCAACCCCGAAAGCCCUCCAGUGACUCACAGCCUUCCUCCCCACGCUAUGGCUAUGAGCCCCCACUCUAUGAGGAACCUCCAGUAGAAUACCAAGCCCCCAUUUAUGAUGAACCCCCCAUGGAUGUGCAGUUUGAAGCCAACAGCCCCUACCAGACUGGCUCACCACAGAGGUCACCAGGCCGAAAGCCCCACCCAUUCCUGCAAACUACUAAACAGACCCCAACGUCACCCUGCCAACAGCUGAUGCGCACCAAGCAGAAGUGCCCAGAGCGCUUUCUGAGCCUGGAAUAUAGUCCUGUAGGCAAGGAGUAUGUACGGCAGCUGGUGUAUGUGGAGCAGGCAGGCUCCAGCCCCAAGCUUAGAGCUGGGCCCAGGCACAAGUAUGCACCCAACCCAGGUGGUGGCACCUACUCCCUGCAGCCUAGCCCCUGCCUGCUGAGAGACCAGCGCCUAGGGGUCAGGUCUGGAGACUAUAGCACCAUGGAAGGGCCCGAGUCACGCCCGAGCCAACCACCCACACCACUGCCCCAAGCCCAGGAGGAUGCCAUGUCCUGGUCCAGUCAGCAGGACACCAUGUCUUCCACAGGCUACUCCCCAGGCACUCGUAAGAGGAAGAACAGAAAGCCCUCUCUGUGCCAAGUCCCUAGUACCUCUUCCAUUGAUGGUCCUGGAGACCUGCUAGGAGAGCAACCUCUGACGGAAGAACGUUCUCCAUGCAGGUCCAGCCUGACCCCAGUCAAGGCUGAGACAGACCUAGUGCGAGGCACACCUGAGCCCUUCCUGGCCCAGGCCCGGCUGGCCUGGGAAGCACAGCAAGCCCAUUUCCACAUGAAGCAGAGGGGCAGCUGGGACUCCCAGCAAGAUGGCUCAGGGUAUGAGAGCGAUGGCGCUGUUCCACUGCCCAUGCCUGGGCCUGUGGUGCGAGCGUUCAGUGAGGAUGAGGCGUUGGCGCAGCAGGACAGCAAACACUGGAAGCGGAGCACCUUCGAGAAGCUGGGCUUCCCCCAGAUCCUGCUGGAAAAAAGCAUCUCUGUGCAGACCAACCUGGCCUCACCGGAGCCUUACCUCCACCCCUCACAGUCUGAGGACCUUGGUGCCUGCGCGCAGUUUGAGAGCAGCCGGCAGAACCGCAGUGCAGUGCCCAGCUCCAGCUGUGUCUUCCCCACAUUCACACUGCGGAAGCCCUCCUCCGAGACAGACAUCGAGAACUGGGCCUCCAAGCACUUCAACAAGCACACCCAGGGUCUCUUCCGGCGAAAGGUGUCCAUAGCCAACAUGCUGGCCUGGAGCAGCGAGUCCAUCAAGAAACCCAUGAUCGUGACCAGUGACCGGCAUGUGAAGAAAGAGGCCUGUGAAAUCUUCAAGCUAAUCCAAAUGUACAUGGGCGACAGACGGGCCAAGGCAGACCCACUGCACGUGGCCCUGGAGAUUGCCACCAAAGGCUGGAGUGCACAGGGCCUACGGGAUGAGCUGUACAUCCAGCUCUGCCGGCAAACCACAGAGAACUUCCGCCUGGAGAGCCUGGCCCGUGGCUGGGAGCUCAUGGCCAUCUGCCUGGCCUUCUUCCCACCUACCCCCAAGUUCCACUCCUACCUAGAGGGCUAUAUCUACCGGCAUAUGGACCCCGUUAAUGACACCAAAGUGACACAGCACAUAAGAGAGCUUCUGGAAAGGAACAGUAAGAAGAAGUCCAAACUGAGAAAGAAACCCAAGCCUUAUGUUGAAGAGCCAGAUGGGGUGGCAAUCAGCACCUAUGCGAAGUACUGCUACCACAAACUGCAGAAGGCAGCGCUGACUGGGGCCAAGAAGGGCCUGAAGAAGCCUAACGUGGAAGAGAUACGACAUGCCAAGAACGCUGUGUUCAGCCCCUCCAUGUUCGGCAGUGCACUGCAGGAGGUGAUGAGCAUGCAGAAAGAGCGCUACCCUGACAGGCAGCUGCCCUGGGUACAGACACGGCUCUCCGAGGAGGUGCUGGCGCUCAACGGUGACCAGACAGAGGGCAUCUUCAGGGUCCCUGGUGACAUUGAUGAGGUGAAUGCCCUGAAGCUGCAGGUGGACCAGUGGAAGGUACCUACAGGCCUGGAGGACCCCCACGUCCCUGCAUCGCUGCUGAAGCUGUGGUAUCGGGAGCUGGAGGAGCCCUUGAUUCCUCACGAAUUCUACGAACAAUGCAUUGCGCACUACGAGAGCCCGGAGGCUGCAGUGGCCGUGGUGCACGCGCUACCGCGCAUCAACCGUAUGGUGCUGUGCUACCUCAUUCGCUUCCUCCAGGUGUUCGUGCAGCCAGCCAACGUAGCCAUCACCAAAAUGGACGUCAGCAACUUGGCCAUGGUGAUGGCACCCAACUGCCUGCGCUGCCAGUCGGAUGACCCACGCGUCAUCUUUGAGAACACACGAAAGGAGAUGUCCUUUCUGCGAGUGCUCAUUCAGCAUCUAGAUACCAGCUUCAUGGAAGGCGUUCUAUAGCACGCGGGCUAUGGACACCAGCUUGGGUGACACCCGGGGAGGUGGGAGGGAAGGCCCCAGCGCGAGGCAGCAUGCCAAGCCCCGCCAGACGCCCGCCCUGCCCCGCCCCAGACCCUCCUGGGCAAAGCAGCCGCGCCAUAUCUCGCGGCCAGUUCCUGCGGGCACCACCGGCUCGCCCCGCCGGCCGCAGGCCAGCCCCGAGAAGUGCCUUCUGUUUGCCGGAGCCGAGCGACACUGCCCUCCUGGUCGGCCGAAGCACAUGCCACGUUGCUCAGGGCAACACGACCUCGUCCCCUCACCAGGGCAGUCUGCCACCAAGGCACUCUGGCCCUGACCCCUCCUACCCUAGUCUAGAGGCCUCUGGGCCUGAAGGAGACUUAGAGGCGCUCUAGAGAGCUGUGCUGGCCACCACUAGGACGCAGUCCCGUGGACCUAAUGCCUAAUAGGUCUUUGUGCAAGGGGAGGCCCCACACCAAAGCCCUCUGGGGUGGGGCCAGGGCUAAGCAGGCGUUCUUGGGGCGGGUGGGGGAGGGUGAGAGGUCUUUUUGUUUUUGUUUUGGGUUUUUGUUUUUGGUGUGAGUCCAGAAUCUAACCCGCACCCAGCCUACUUGUGUAUAAAGAUAUAAAUAGAACGACAGAUGUCAGAAUUAAGUUUGCUAAGGACAUAGUUUUAACCAGAUGCUAUUUAUCUCUUGAACUGCCAUUGCCGUCCUCGCGCUGAGCAAGUUACCACCACCCUUUGACCUCGCGGCCUCUGACCAAACUCCACACCCGGGCGGCGUGCGGAUGGGACCUGGACUCGUCCGCGUUUUCCAUUCUGGAAUCUGAGUUCCAACAGUUGUCAAACUUCAUUUCUCCCGUUUAUAUAUAUAUAUAUAUUUUUAGAGUUUUUAUUUAUUAAAAACAAAAGUCCCGCCUUGCUGAGGCCCGUAGCCCUCUGGGGCGGAUCCUGGACCACUCCGGCGUCCCGGCCGCAGGCGCUCCCUCCGACGUGUGGACAGAGGCGACAGCGCUCCGUGUGAAUAAAGUUCAAAUGCACACUCAC